GCUGUACUGAAGAAUAUUCUUCCGGCGGCAUUCGGUACGAGGUGCCGGAAGGACCAUCCGGAUGACGGAUAAGUCACCUGAUGACCGAAGAGCGACGUCAGGAGAUGAAGGGUGUCAUAUUAAUGAAUUAUUGCUGGAAAUAGUUCUCAAAGGCAUUGGUUUGUAACGCUGGAAGAAUGAGUGGGUCCAAGCCUGACAUCCUGUGGGCUCCCCACCACGUGGACAGGUUUGUUGUAUGCGAUUCGGAGCUUAGCCUUUACCACAUUGAGUCAACAGCCAGCACAAGCUCUGAAUUGAAAGCUGGCUCCCUGCGUCUGUCUGAGGAAACCACGGCCACGUUGCUAGCUAUAAAUUCGGAUACCCCUUACAUGAAAUGCGUUGCCUGGUAUCCCAAGUAUGACCCUGAAUGUCUCCUGGCGGUUGGACAGGCCAACGGCCGAAUUGUUCUUACUAGUCUUGGUCAGGAUCACAACUCCAAAUGUAAAGACUUGAUUGGAAAGGAAUUUGUCCCGAAGCACGCACGGCAGUGUAACACCUUAGCAUGGAAUCCCCUUGAUAGUAAUUGGCUUGCGGCCGGGUUAGAUAAACACAGGGCAGAUUUCUCAGUGUUAAUAUGGGAUAUAAGCAGCAAAUACACUCCUGAUGUGGCAGUUCCGGUGGAGAAAGUUAGACUUUCAGCUGGUGACAGUGAAAGUUGUGGAGUGGUGACCAAGCCGCUUUAUGAAUUGGGACAGAAUGACGCAUGUCUCUCCCUUUGCUGGCUUCCGAGGGAUCAAAAACUGCUUUUAGCUGGAAUGCACCGCAACCUGGCUAUAUUUGACUUAAGAAACACAAAUCAGAAAAUGUUUGUAAAUACAAAAGCUGUCCAAGGGGUGACCGUGGAUCCACAUUUCCAUGACAGAGUUGCUUCGUUCUUUGAAGGGCAAGUAGCCAUCUGGGACCUCCGGAAGUUUGAAAAGCCAGUUUUGACUCUAACAGAACAACCAAAGCCACUGAGUAAAGUAGCUUGGUGUCCAACAAGAACAGGAUUGCUUGCUACCUUAACCAGAGACAGUAAUAUAAUUCGACUAUACGAUAUGCAGCACACUCCGACACCAAUUGGAGACGAAACAGAACCGACUAUCAUUGAAAGAAGUGUCCAGCCUUGUGAAAACUACAUUGCGUCCUUUGCUUGGCACCCAACCAGUCAGAAUCGAAUGGUCGUUGUCUCUCCCAACAGGUCCAUGUCGGACUUCACUGUGUUUGAGAGGAUUUCUUUAGCCUGGAGCCCCACAACAUCAUUAAUGUGGGCCUGCAGCAGACAGUUAUACGAAUGCACGGAGGAAGGCAAAGGCAGCUCUUUAGACAGAGAUAUAGCUACUAAAAUGAGACUGCGAGCCUUAUCCCGGUAUGGUCUGGAUACUGAGCAGGUCUGGCGGAAUCACCUCUUGGCAGGGAAUGAAGACCCCCAGCUGAAGUCCCUCUGGUACACGCUGCAUUUUAUGAAACAGUACGCUGAAGAUCUCGAGCAGAAACAAAUCAACAAGGGGUCAUUGGUGUAUGCUGGCAUCAAGGCAAUAGUGAAGGCAUCCUUGGGCACAUCGGAAAGUUUCAGGCACAGCUGGACUGGCUCCGAUAGACCCGCUGAUGUGGUGCACUAUGCCAGCGAGGAGAGGUGUUUGGCUCUGCAGCUGUGCGGCUGGAGGAAGAAGGGAACGGACUCCAACAUGGAACCUUUUUUGAACUCACUGGAGCAGGAAGGAGAGUGGGAGAGAGCUGCUGCCGUUGCUCUGUUCAAUUUAGAUAUUCGGCGUGCGAUACAGAUCUUAAAUAAGGGAGCGUCUACAGGAAAAGCGGAUUUGAACCUCAACGUCGUAGCGAUGGCACUGUCCGGGUAUACUGAAGAGAAGAACUCUCUGUGGAGAGAAAUGUGCAGCUCCCUUAGACUGCAGCUCAACAACCCUUACCUUUGUGUGAUGUUUGCCUUUCUAACCAGUGAGCCUGGUAUUUACGAUGGAGUUCUGUAUGAGAACACCAUGGCAGUGAGGGAUCGAGUGGCCUUUGCUUGCUUGUUCCUUAAUGACACGCAGUUAAAUAGGUACGUCGAAAAGCUCACCAAUGAAAUGAAGGCAUCUGGAAACCUUGAAGGGAUUUUGCUGACUGGCUUGACGAAAGAUGGCGUUGAUCUGAUGGAAAGUUAUGUGGAUAGAACUGGUGAUGUUCAGACGGCAAGCUACUGCAUGCUGCAGGGUUUUCCUGAUGUCCUUAAGGAUGAGAGAGUUCAGUACUGGAUAGAGAAUUACAGGAAUCUCCUUGAUGCAUGGAGGUUUUGGCACAAGCGAGCAGAGUUUGAUAUACAUCGUAGUAAGCUUGAUCCCAGCUCCAAGCCACUGGCACAGGUGUUUGUGAGCUGUAACUUCUGCGGGAAAUCCAUCUCAUACAGUUGUUCAUCAGUUCCUCAUCAAGGCCGGGGAUUCAGUCAGUAUGGAGUCAGUGGAUCGCCUACCAAGUCAAAGUUUACCAGCUGCCCUGGAUGUCGCAAGCCCCUCCCCCGCUGCGCUCUUUGCCUCAUCAAUAUGGGGAAUCCUGUCUCCAGUAGCCCAGGAGCAUCAAAGUCUGAUGAGAAGGUGGACCUGAGCAAAGAGAAGAAAGUUGCCCAGUUUAACAACUGGUUCACUUGGUGCCACAAUUGCCGACACGGUGGCCAUGCUGGACAUAUGCUAAGUUGGUUCAGGGACCAUACGGAAUGCCCAGUGUCCGCCUGCUCCUGCAAAUGUAUGCAGCUAGAUACAACCGGAAACUUAGUCCCUGCAGAGACAGUCCAGCCGUGAACGGGAACAGCUGCUCUAAAACCUUUUUUUAUACACCCCUCUGAUCAUGAUUCACCACUCUCAUCGCCUGCCUUUAACAUUUUCUUCUGGAUUGUCCAAUAUUUUGUCCCUCCCACUUUUAAAAUAUCUUUUCAUACAUGUAAAGAGCGGGGUAUUUUUUGAGCCAGUAACAUGCAUUCAUUAAGAAUUAUUCAUGUGUUGAAUUACAGUUGUCAUUUAGUAUACAUAUUGAAGGUGGAUACCUUGACUAAACUGAUAAGUUAAACGUUGCCCAACCUCUGGAAAGCAUAUGAUCAUCUAAACUGUAGUGUUGGCAUAACUUAAAUAGUCACAUUCAAGCUCCUUGUAGUGCAUUUGUUUAACUGGUGCAAUAAAGGUUUAUUGUGUAA